GUACCCCUUCUUUUUUCAUUUGUUCAGCAACUGUUCAAGAAGUUGAAAUUCCUAAAUCUCAGUCAUUCCCAUUACCUGACUCGGACUCCUAACUUUGCAAGACUCCCUAAUCUUGAGAAACUAAUACUCAAAGAUUGUACGAGUUUGUUUGAGGUUCACCAGUCUGUUGGAGAUCUUAAUAAUCUCAUUUUGGUAAAUUUGAAAGAUUGCAGAAGUCUUGAAAGUCUGCCAAGGAGUUUCUAUAAGUUGAAGUCUCUUCAAACUCUCAUUCUUUCUGGUUAUUCUAAAUUUGACAAUUUGCCUGAUGAGUUGGGCGAGAUGGAAUCCUUGACAACUUUUCUUGCAGAUAACACUGCUAUAAGACAAGUGCCACAUACCAUAGUACAAUUGAAGAACCUCACAUGCUUGUGGUUGUGUGGGUGUAAAGGAUCGGCAUCUAAAUCACUCCCUUCACUCCUUUCGUCUUGGAUAUCCCCAAGGAAAAGUCCAAAGUCGGUCAAUCUAUUGCCUGCUUCAUUGCAAGGAUUGAACGCACUAAGAGAAUUAUCUCUCAGUCAUUGCAAUUUAUCAGAUGAUGCAAUCCCUAAAGAUCUUGGGAGUUUAUAUUCCCUUGAAUCUUUAAAUCUAGAAAACAAUCAUUUUCGUAGCCUACCAUCGAGCCUUGGUGGUCUUUCGAAGCUUCAAAGUCUCUUUUUAGAUAAUUGCACAAAGCUUCAGUCUAUUCCAGAUUUACCACCAAAUUUGAAUCAGAUGCGGGCAUCACACUGUGUGGCAUUGGAAAGAAUGCCAAAUAUAUCAAAUCUCUCAAAUAUGGAAUGGUUGCACCUCCCUAAUUGCAAUAAAUUAGUCGAGAUUCCAGGCUUGGAUAAGUUGUUGAAGUCCAUUUGGGAGAUUCAAUUGGUAGGGUGCAGCAAUUUAACAAAUACUUUUAAACAAAGCAUCCUACAGGUUCUCUCUCUCUCUAUCUCUCUAAAUACUUAUUUUUUUCAUAGUACUGCUUAUAUACAUCAUGGUUUUGAUGGUACAGAAAUGGAUUCCGAGUGAAUUUGAU